AGAAAACGAGAAAUUUUGUUUAGCUACCUCGUUAGCCGCUGAUGAUCGGAUUGGAUUGGAUUAGAUUCUAUCUGUUUAGCUUUCCUCAAGUACGACUAUAGUCAGAUCAUCGAUUAAAUUAUUCGAAAUUAAGGAAAGAGAUCGAGGUUACUGUCUCUGGGAUCUAGUAAUGCAGUUUAGUGGAGAUAUUAUAUAACUCUGUUUCUUAGAGUGGCUUAGUGUGUUUUCUUCAUCGUGUUUUCAGACUCUAGUGAGAAGCCAACGCAGAUUCGUUUCCUUGUACCCAAAGCGUUAGCUGGUUAUUUGAUUGGGAAAGGUGGCUCAACCAUCACUCAGUUCCAGGAGUCCUCUGGUGCUCAACUCCUGCUCUCUCGUAAUCAAGAAUAUUUCCCAGGAACCACUUGUAGAAUCGUUGUGAUGUCUGGCACGACUAUACAAGUUCUCACUGCAUUCCAACUUGUUCUUGCUAAAUUGCACAGUCGGCUUAAAGCUGAAGAUGGUAGUGAUGUUGAGCUUAGGAGAACAAGAGUUGUGGUUCCACACAGUUCAUGUGGAAGCAUUAUUGGAAAAGGAGGAGCCACCAUUAGGUCCUUUAUUGAAGACUCCAAGGCUGGUAUCAAGAUAUCUCCUCUGGACUUCGGGUUGAGUGAUAGGCUAGUGACACUAUCUGGAACCAUGGAGGAGCAGAUGCGCGCAAUUGCUUUGAUUUUGACUAAGCUUACCGAAGAUGAUGAUUACUCCCAGCAAGUGCAUUCCCCCAAUUCAUAUAGAAAAGAUUUAGGUCUUUGCAACCUUUUGCAAGCAUGGAGUUCGGUGAAGUCACGCAUCUCUCUUGGAAAUAAACAAAAUCACAAGGAAGAUAGUUACAACACAGUGACCAUAGGUGUGUCGGAUGAGCACAUAGGUGUGGUCAUUGGCCGUAAAGGAAGUCAUAUCAUGGAAAUUAGUCAGUCAAGUGGUGCCAGAAUAAAGAUAUCAGGCCGAGGAGGGUUUCUCCCUGGAACUACUGAUAGGAAAGUUACCAUCUCUGGAUUGCAAGGUUCAAUCGAUUUAGCUGUCUCGAUUAUAGAACGUAAAGUUGACAAGGCGUCGAAGAAGAGGGCCAAGGAUGAAACUGACAUGGAUACAGACUAGUUUUAAAAACAAGUGUUCUAGGUACAUAACAUCAAACUCAAUUGAGAUUAUCAAUAGCUCUUCAACGGUCAAUGCAGGCAUAUGUCCUUUUUAUGUCUCUUCCGUGUGCAAAGGUGGUAUGUUUAUUUGAUUA